AGAGCUAUGUGACCAAAGAAUGAAUGUAAAAUGGAAGGCCUGGAAAUGUACUGGAAAGGUUAUUAAUUGAUAUGGAUUACAGGUGUAAUUUUUGUGGUCAGUUCAGUCAAUUAUUUUACUUGGAAAUUAAAUGAACAAAGAAAAAAGGUCACAUUUCAAGCCAUUUCUUUGUCAGUUUUGUAUCAUUCAGUUGAAUAAAUUUGGGAUUUGAUGGGGUGAUGGACACCUAGCGUUUUUUAAAAUGUUAUAGACUAAAAGCUUAAUUGAAAAAUCAAUCAAUAAUAAAAAUUAAUCAGUCAAAGCCCUUGUUGAGUUAUUAAGAACAGUAAGACAUUUAAUCCUAAGGAUUAAAAUAUGCGAAUUAUACCAUUAUGAAAACUAAUUAAGAGUAUGUAAUGUGCUAAACAUCAGAACUUAUGACAUUUCAGUUCAGUUCUCUCAAGUUCUUUUGACUGCUGAAGGAUUGAGGUUACACUUUGUAAAUUCCUUGUGUACAGUAUAUUUCUAUUUUUAAAUUAUAUUUGUAUGCUGUUAUGCCUUCCAUGUCAUCAUUUGUAAACCUGAAAAAAAGUUUGUAAUGCAUAGAGAUUUGUAGUAGAGUCUAAAUAACAUGUGUGUACUAAUUAUAGCAACAGAAUAUGAGAUAAAAGGAGUGCUUUUAACAGCUGAAAGCAGGGACAGAAAUCAUAACUUAAAAGUGUGUGUGCAUGUAAAACUUCAGUGUCACACACUGAAGGUUUUGUCUAACAUGCACACAUUUUAUUUAGACAACCUAAUUUUUAAGAAUACAAAUCUCAUCUAUACAUUCACAAAGUUUUUUCACAGGUUUACAAAGGGUGAUAGACAACUUACUUGUCAAAUUACUUCUUUUCAGACGCUUAAAACGCUUAUUUGAGACAACAAGUGGCCAGAUAAACUUGAUUGAACUCAAAUUUGGCUUGUUUGACUGUUGGGGGAAGUGUUACAGUAAAAAGUUCCACUGUGCAGUGCCUGCAGUUCUUAUUUUUACCAGUAGAGGGACCCCAAUGUCCCUCUUUUUCCUUCUAUAUGUGCUUUUGCCAAACUGAACCUCAUUAAAUCGCUUAUAACUGAUUUAUUCUAACCAUUUCACCAAAAUCAGGCGUGCAAAAUAGCAGAUUGUUUUAGCUAAACGUUCUCACUACAGUUCAGUCCACACGAGGUUUAUCUUUAUUUCCUCUACUUUCCUGUACACUUUCUGAUCUUCAACAGGUCAAACACACUGCCACCUGUCAGCACGCGUCACUGUAGGCGGCCUAAUCUCUCGGCCUAAUUAAAUCUGAAGCAAUCAGGGCCACAGAUGGAGCCGAUCAGCGUGGGCCGCCUGCCAGGAGGUGUGUUCAAUGCGCACAGUUGGUGCUCUGUGGCCACUCAGUGCCGUAAUGUGUGAAGAAGCCCAGGGGAUUUGUGUUACUAGAUGUGUGGAUUUCUACGCUCCAAAAUCACGCAACAAGCUGAUAUAUAUAAUAUUGUGAUGGAGAAUGACUGCUGGCUGUUUUCCUGCGCGCAAAAAUGCACUGUGCGUUUACCUGUUUUGGUUUGGAGAAGCGAUCUAAAAUAUGAUUUAAGAGUUUGACUUUGACACGGAAAUAUGUAGCCUAACUUCGACUCACAAACCAAGAGCUCAAAGCCAUAUGUAAGGGAGGAAUGGGUAGCAAAAAUGCCGCAACUUCGCUCCUUUGGACGCUCGUCCUGUCGCUGCUUUGCGCACAGUCGCUGGGGCAGGUGUUCAACCUGACGCUGUCUGUUAAAGAGGGUUUGCCUGCCAAAACCAUCGUUGGAGAUCUGGGAGCGGGGUUAAGCAGGCCGAGCACUGGAUUCUUCAUCUCAGAGAGUACAGACUCAUAUGUGUUUAGAGACUUGGAAAUAGACGCAGACACGGGGAUCAUCUCCACUGCCGUGAUCUUGGACAGAGAAAGCAGAGAUAAGUAUGAAUUUGUGGCAGCCACUCUUACAGGUGAGAUGAUAAAAGUGAAACUAGAGGUGAAAGAUGUGAACGACCACUCACCUGGGUUUCCCUCAGAGGUGGCUGACUUGGAAAUAUCAGAAUUGAGCCCCCCAGGGAGUCAAUUUCAGCUUGAAGGUGCUAAAGAUGAGGAUGAGGGUGAGUUUGGUACCCAGGGAUACAGGAUCGCAGAGAGAGAGAUGGGUGAGUUAUUCCACCUAGAGUAUCGCAGUGGAUCUGAGCACCACCCGAGCCUGGAUCUUAUCCUUACAAGCAAACUAGACCGAGAAACACAGGACUUCUACUCCUUCACUAUUGAGGCCUUCGAUGGUGGCAUCCCAGCCAGGACGGGGACUCUGCAGGUGAACAUCCACGUCCUGGAUGAGAACGACAACCCUCCUGUGCUCAACCAGACUGAAUAUCACGCCUCGCUGCCUGAGAAUGCUCCGGUGAUGACUGCUGUGUGUCAGGUGCACGCCACCGACCUCGACCUGGGCGACAAUGGCAGAAUCACUUAUGAGAUCAACAGGCGGCAGAGUGACCCAAAUGAGAUUUUCUCCAUCAACGAAACCAGUGGGGUGGUGUAUCUCAACAAGCCACUUGAUUAUGAGACUCAGGCUUUUCAUGAGUUGAUCAUCAGCGCGAGAGAUAACGGGGCUCAGCCUGAGUACAGCAGCACUUUUGUGGGCGUGAAGGUGCUUAAUAUCAACGAUAAUAGUCCCACCAUCAGUGUGCUGUUUCUCAGUGAGAUGGGAGAUGCAGUGGUGUCAGAGGCAGCAGCGAUUGGGGACUACAUUGCCCGGAUUUCAGUGUCGGACCCCGACUUUGAGGAGGAGAGGGUCACUGUCACGCUUGAGGGGGGUGAUGGGAAGUUCACCCUGAAGCAGACAGAUGAUUUUCUGUAUGCUUUGUGUGUCAAUGCAGAGCUAGACAGGGAAGAAAAGGAUCUGUACGAGUUGAAGGUGCAAGCAUCAGAUUUUGGGAGCCCACCCCUGAGCGAUGAGAUGGUCUUCCUCCUGAGGGUGGCUGACACCAAUGAUUGCCACCCAGUUUUUGAGAAGGAUGUAUACAUCGUGAGCAUUGCCGAGGACGCUCCUCUGGGGAGUUCCCUCAUCCAGAUGCAGGCCCGAGACGCAGAUGAUGGAGUCAACUCGGAUGUCAGAUACUCCAUCCUCAAGUCCAACCAGGACAGCCUGAUUAGCAUCGACCCAGAGUCAGGCCUGGUCACAACAGCUGCAGUUCUGGACAGAGAGACACAGAUGGAGGUUUGGUUCCUGGUGGUGGCAGUUGAUGGAGGGGAACCAGCUCUGUCAUCCACAGCUACAGUCACUGUGCUGGUGGAGGAUGUCAAUGACAACGAGCCUGUGUUCCAGCAGCAGCUGUACAACGCGUCCAUACCAGAGCACAGUGACGUUGGGAGCUGCUUUUUACAAGUUGUUGCCACAGAUGCAGACAGCCCUGAGUUUGGCACACUGCUCUACUCUCUGUCUGACGGCUUUGAAAAGCAGGACAAACACCCACUCUUCAAAAUCCACCCCCAGACUGGAGAGCUGUGCGUCUCUCAGGACAUCGAUCGAGACUCGGGACAGACGGUCCAUGACAUUCUGAUCAAAGCUGAAGAUCCAGGAGGCCUGAGUGCUCAAACCUACGUGCACAUUGAUGUAGAAGACCUGAAUGAUAACGCUCCAGUGUUUAACCCUGACGAGUACACCAUGAGCAUCAGCAGCCACGCACAGCCCGGCACAGAAAUCCUCAAUGUUAUUGCUACUGACCGAGAUUCUGGCAGGUUUGGACAGGUCACCUAUGAGGUCCUUCCUGGUGACAUGUCCAGUUUGUUUGCACUGGAUAAACAAACAGGAAUGCUCUUCCUGACCUCCACUCUGACCCACCUCGGUGCAGCCAGUGUGAAGCUCUCAAUAACAGCACAGGAUGGGGAAGGCUUGACCUCAGUCAGGCCUGCAGAGGUCACCAUCAAUGUUUUACAGAGCGGCCAGGCUCCACCUGUGUUCCAGAGGUCACACUACACCUUUACAGUGCCUGAGGACGCACCGCCAGGGACUUCUGUGGGGACAGUAGAGGCCAUAAACCCAGCAGACCCUGUGGAAUCAGUAUCCUACCGAAUCUCCUCUGGAGACCCUCAGGGUUUGUUCUCCAUUCAUCCAAAGUCCGGCCUGAUCAGCAACAUCAAACCUCUGGACCACGAGUCGCAGCCUUAUGCCCUGCUGGUUCUUCAGUCCUACACUGACACCUCUCCAGUUUACAGCACCACCCAGGUCAACAUCACUAUUGCUGACAUUAAUGACAACACUCCUGUUUUCCCCAAACUCAGUGACACCAUCACAGUGUCUCAAAACACAGUACCAGGGACAGUGUUGUUCAUCGCUCAUGCACACGACUAUGACAGUGGUGCCAAUGGGAGGGUGCAGUAUUACCUGAAAAGUACUAGAAAUGGUACGUUUGUUGUUGACCACAACCGUGGGACAGUUACAUUAAAUCAGAGAUUACAGGCGGAUCAUCAGCAGAGGUACAGCCUGGAAAUCGUGGCUAAAGAUGAAGGCGAACCUUCACUGAGCUCUACACUGACCCUCACAGUCAAUGUGGACCGCACCGCUGCUGAAGACAGCCUGGCCUUCGAGACAUUAGUCUACCAGGUGGAGAUAGGUGAGGGCUACAGGAAAGAUUCAAGGGUCAUCCAGGUGAGGGCACACCGGAGCCGGGGAGCUCACCUGACGAACUCAGGCCUCACCUACUCCUUGGAGGCAGAAGCCGGAUAUCCUCCUGCUCCGUUUAGGAUUCACCCAAAGACCGGAUGGUUGUAUCUCACCCACAGUCUCGACUAUGAGGCAGAAUCCAUGUUUCGUUUUCGAGUGUUGGCCACAGCCAGAGAGGCCUCGCUGGCAAACAUCACAGCUAAAGCCACGGUGACAGUGCUGGUGCUGGACAUCAAUGACAAUGCCCCGGUGUUCAGCAGUGAGGUCUACUACUUCACUGUGUCAGAGGGGUCGUCGCCUCAAGGCCUGGUGGGAACAGUCAAGGCCAUGGAUAAGGAUUCUGGGAAAAAUGCCCAGCUGUCCUACAUCCUGCUCUCAGAUGGGAAGUUCUUUCGCAUCAACGCUAAAACAGGUGAAAUUAUCAACUGGGUGGCGCUGGACCGGGAGCAGCACAGCCAACACAGUCUGAAGGUGAUGGUGACAGACCAGGGCCACCCUCGUCUCAAUGCCACCGCCACCGUUCACAUCCUGGUCACUGACAUCAAUGACAACACUCCACAGUUUACACACCUGCCUGCCAGCAAGGAGCUUAGCGUUCAGAUAUGGGCUGGUCUACCAGCAGGAUCCUUUGUGACAAACAUGUUUGCCAAAGAUUUAGAUGCAGGAGAAAAUGGAACAGUCACCUUCUCAUUGGUCACAGUUGAUUUAGAGGACGAGAGUCUUGGACACUUUGAGAUUGACAGUAAAAGUGGAGACGUCCGAACAACGGAGCUUUUCACUCAGAACGCUGAACUGUACUACACUCUGAAAAUAAGUGCCAAGGACAGCGGCGCCACGCCUCUGGAGGAGACUGCAGUCAUUCAUGUUCAGGUUUAUGGGUUAGAGGCUAGGUAUGGCCGAUCUGACCACCAAAUUGUGAGGCGUUUUACAGUGAAAGAGGACACGGAGCCGGCGACUGUUAUCGGCUCUGCCAGAGUUUCAGAUAAAGGGAGAUUCCACUAUUCCAUCUCUGAGGGCGACGGGAGCAUUCACUUCAGCAUCGACAGCUCCUCUGGUGACAUAUACAUCAACCAGCAGCUGGACUACGAGUCUGCUAUGCAGUACUUCCUCAUGGUUCAAGCUGAAGAUGUAGGACCUGCUCCUGGAGUGAACGUGUCUGUGCUGGUCAGUGUGAUAGUGGAGGAUGUAAACGACCACACACCCUGGUUUCCUGAUAAACUGGUAACAUUCGGUCUGUGGGAGGAUGCUGCAGUCGGAUCACUGGCGUUUGCUUUUCAUGCCCGGGAUGCUGAUGGGACCUUUCCGAACAGUGCCCUCCGCUACUCCCUGACCUUUGACCCUGAACUCAGCAGGUCUUCAUCACGCUUCCCCUUUCAGAUCAACGCUCACACAGGGAUUCUGACGGUAGCAGGACCUUUAGACCGGGAGACCACCCACAGCUUUGCCUUCACUGUAACAGCCACCGACCAGGCAAAGAGGAAGGACGAGCGUAAACAGACGUCAGUGACGGCUCAGGUCUUCCUGCUGGAUGUGAACGAUAACCGGCCGGUGUUUAUAUCAGCGGACACAGCUCAGGUGAUGGAGGAUGCAGAAGUGGGGAGUCUGCUGCAUCAUUUUGUGGCCAUAGAUGGAGAUCGAGGGGAAAAUGGGGUUGUCUCCUACGUCAUCAUGGCUGGAAACAGGAAAGAAUUCUUCACCCUUGAGGAGAAAACAGGCCUCUUGUUUCUCUCGGCCCCUCUGGACUAUGAGACACAACGUUUCCACCGUCUGACCGUCCGUGCAGUGGACCAUGGCCUGCCCUCGCUCUCCUCCACCCAGACUCUGACAGUGGAGGUGGGGGAUGUGAACGACCAGCCACCUAUCUUCAGUCAGAGCAUCUACAACGCCAGUGUGGCAGAGAACAGAGACCCUGGAGAACCAGUGAUCAGGGUCUCUGCCACUGAUGAGGAUUCAGAGGAGAAUGCCGUAGUGUGGUACAGUGUGUUGCCCGGCCCUGGCUACGAGCUCUUCAGCAUCAACCCUUACACUGGUCUGAUCACCACCACCUCCUACAUGGACAGAGAGCAGCAGCAACAUUUCACUCUCAGAGUCCAGGCUCGUGACAGCAGCACACGGCCUCUGUCGGGUACAGCCACAGUGCUGUGCUCUGUGCUGGAUGACAAUGACAACCCUCCAGAGUUCAUGCAGUCAUCCUUCCAGAUCAGCCUGCCAGAAAACCUGCCUCCUGGGGUUGUCCACACUGUUCAGGCCUCUGAUCCAGACCAAGGGGAAAAUGGAACUAUACACUACUCCAUAUUAGGUGAGGACUACAGAGGUUGCUUCACCAUCAACAGCCACACAGGUGUUGUCAGCACCACACAGGUCCUUGACCGUGAGGAAAGACAGAAUUACACACUCACCAUACAGGCCCGUGACUAUGGCCCCACCCCGCUCAGCUCCUCCACCCAACUCCAGCUGGUGCUGCUGGACCAGAAUGAUAACAUCCCUUCCUUCACCCGUAAGAGCUACCACGCCUCCAUCAGCGAGGGCGUACCUGCAGGAGCUGAGGUCCUCCGUGUUAUUGCCUUUGAUCCUGACGAGGGGUCCAACGGGGAUGUGACCUACUCUCUGACAGAGGACAGCAGCCAGGGGGCCUUCUCAGUAGAUGCUCUCACAGGAGUGAUCCGCACCACCAGGUCUCUGGACAGAGAGAGCAGGGCUCAAUACACGCUCAAAGCUGUGGCUACUGACGGCUGUACUCAAGGACCACUGAGCUCUGUGGCAUCGGUGACCAUACAGGUGGAGGAUGUGAAUGACAAUGUGCCAGUCUGUGACGAGAAUCCCAUCAAUGCAUGGGUUUCUAUGAGGACUCUACCAAACCAGAUAGUUACCACGGUGACAGCAACAGACGGUGACCAGGGAGAGAAUGGGACUAUACACUUUAUGUUGUCGGAUGAGGAAAAUCUGUUUGACAUCAACAGCGAGUCUGGAGAGAUCUCGCUGAGAAGACGAGUGAGAGCAGGUUUCUCCGGGAGGAAGCUGCAGGUUGUGGUUUCAGACCGAGGACGACCUGCUUUAACCUCCACCUGCCUGUUUUUUAUCCAUCUGAAGGGAGAACACGAAGGACUACAGUUCACAAACAAAGUGUACAACGCUACUGUCAAGGAGAACAGUAGAGCUGGCACUUGGAUUGCAAAAGUGGAGGCCAGUGACCAAACCAACAGCAGACAGAGGAUCACAUACACCAUAUUUAGUGGCAACGAGAAUCGCAUUUUCUCCAUCAAUCGUCACACAGGUGAGAUCCGUGUGCAGAAAGAUAACUCUCUGGACUUUGAGGUGAGCCCUCAGAUCCAACUGGUAGUGCUGGCUGACAACGGGCUGCAGACAGCUCACUGCAGGGUCUCCAUCAGCCUGCUGGAUGUGAAUGACAAUGCACCAGUGUUUGAACACAGCAACUACAAAACAGCUGUCUGGGAGGGGCAAGUGCACAACACCUACAUUAUGCAGGUGUUUGCGUCCGAUGCUGACAGCGGGAUGAACGGGCAGGUUGAGUACUCCAUCGUGUCUGGUAACCCUAACGAAGCAUUCAUUUUAGACUCUGUUCGUGGGAUUCUUGCUACCAAUGUCUUACUGGACCGAGAGAUCACCCCGUCAUACAAGCUGGUUCUGCAGGCAGCAGACAGGGGGAACCCUCCGCUCACCAGCACCACCAUCAUCAGGGUCCAAGUGGUGGACAUCAAUGACAACAGCCCUGCCAUCCCCCCCAUGGAGCCUGUGGUUAUAGCAGAGAAUCUGCCAGCAGGUUACAUGGUCACCCAGGUGACUGCAAAUGACGUGGACCUGAGCUCAACCAUCACCUACAGCUUUUCAGACAACAGUAGCACCAAUGUUCCCUUUGCUAUUGACCGAUAUACUGGUGUGGUCACCCUGACUCGAGCCCUGGACUAUGAGGAGCAGACAGAGUACACGCUGACAGUCUGGGCUUCUGACUACCUCCACCAGACCACUGGAGAGGUCAAAGUUCAAGUGCUUGACAUCAAUGACAAUGCUCCAGUCUUCACCAAGGUCUCCUACCAGGUGGAGUUGUCAGAGUUGGUUUCAGCAGACACAUUAGUUUUGUCCAUGUCCGCUACUGACAGAGACUCUGGACUCAAUGGCAAGAUCACCUACAGACUGCUUUCAUCUCCUUUACAAGGCUUUUACAUCGAGCCAGAAAAUGGGUCCGUUUUCACCAAUAAGCCCUUGAAGACCAUCACAAACAGCAACCUGAUCCAUCUAUUGGUUGAGGCCAGAGACGAAGGCGAUCCUGUGCAGUCUACUGUCACCUCCAUAGAUGUGCUGAUUCUGGACACCAACGACCAUGCACCUUUGUUCCACCAGGACAUCUACACGCUCACCGUCCCAGAGGACACACCCACAGACACCACCCUACUGAUGCUGUCUGCAGAGGACCAAGACUGGAGCCCCGAAAAUACCCAUUUGGACUAUGUCAUCCUCAGGGGAAAUGAGGAGAAGCGAUUCUGUCUGGAAGUAAAAAUGGUUCAGGUUGAUAAUCAGAUGAGAAAUGUAGGAAAACUUGUUCUGUGUAACCCUUUAGACCGUGAGACCACGGAGAGCUAUGCACUAACAGUGAGUGUGUCUGAUCGAGGAAUGCCUCCACUGAACAGCUCUGCUGUCAUUAUGGUGACUGUGACAGACUGCAAUGACAAUACCCCUGUCUUUUCCAGCACAGAAUACCAUGCGCAGGUGAGUGAAAACAGCCAAGUAGGUAGCAGGCUGGUCCAGGUCAGUGCUCAAGAUCCUGACCUGGGAACCAAUGGCCUGUUGCAGUAUGACAUUAUCUCCGGGAACAGUAAGGGUCACCUCAAGCUCGACCCUCAGUCUGGCCUUCUGGUGGUCAACCACUCGCUUGACUAUGAGGAUGACUCAAAAUACACCCUCACCAUCCGAGCAUCUGAUGGCGGUGAAUCAUAUGAAGAACGUAAAGUGGCUUUUACAGUGGUCUUCAUCACAGUGUUGGAUGAAAAUGACAACACUCCAUACUUCAUGUUCCCUAGUGUUAACUGUUCUGUGCUGGAGAACCUGCCUGCGUUUACCCACACAUGUUCUGUCCAUGCUGUUGACAAUGACUUAGGCCCCUACGGCCAGCUAACCUACUCUAUUUUGUCCUCAUGCUUCAUGGACUAUGGCAGUGGCAGCCCUGAGAAGAAGGAGGCCUUUGCCAUCGACCACCUAACAGGCGACAUUCACACCAGACAGACCUUUGAUUAUGAACGCGAGAGUGAGUACUGCUUUGUAGUAGAGGCCAGGGACAGAGGCGACAAAGCAGCUACAGUGAGAGUGCAGGUGUCCAUCAAGGGAGUGGAUGAGUUCAGUCCUGUCUUCACCCAAAAGCAGUAUCAUUUCCUCCUGCCAGAAAAUGCCAAGCCUGGAGAGAUAGUCGGUUAUGUGAUGGCGAUGGACCAUGAUGGAGGGGUGGACGGGCUGGUGGAGUACUCCCUUAUGAAGUCAUCGCCAUUUUUCUCAAUAAACAAAACAAUUGGUGCCAUUUUUGUGUCAGGUCCUGUAUAUCGCAGAAGAGGCAGCCAUGCUACUGAGGACAUGGUGAAGCUGAUAGUGUCUGCAGGUAGUCCCAGAUUGGCCUCCAGGACCACUAACUGCCUAGUUUUCGUCAAUAUCUCCAGCUCAGCAGAGGCACUCACCGGGGUGCCUCUUGAUGCGCACAUGCUCAGUUUGAUUGUCUCACUAAUCAUGUUCCUCCUUGUCCUCCUCAUUUUUGUGGGCUUGGUUCUCAGGUACAAAAUCAAGGAAGCGGCAAUCAAGAAGGCUGCUGCCAUUGCCGCUAACUUGAACCACGGCACAGGCUCGUUCGGUAGAUCCAUUAGCCAAGCACAAAAUGCUAUCUCUCUGCAGGAGAUAGAACGGCCCAGCAUCUUGAUGACCAGAAGGGACAUAUCGAACCCAUACAAUCAGUCAGAUUCGAGCGGCCGUGGAUCAGCAGAGGGUGAGACCGCUGAAGACCAGGAGAUCAAGUGGAUUAAUGAGUACCCCUGCCGUAAAAGAGACAAAUCUGUGAAAGGCAACCAGACCAUGGAAAUCCCAGAUUCUGCUUUACCUGGGGACAACAUCUCCUGCCACUCUAUCGAUGUAGGGCCGGAGCACAUUUCAUCUGUCAAUAAAUGUUUAGUCUCAGGGAUGGCCAGCACAGAAAGCCUCCACCACUUCAAAGAGGAGGGAGGAGGUGAGGGACUACUUCCUGCAAUACUUAGGGUGAGGGAUUUGGAGGAGAGCAUGAGGAUGAAUGGGUAUGCUCCCCUCUCGGAAGCCCACGUCUCCGCAGAUUCUCUCUCUUCACUGGUGUGUCUAGAGGAGCAGCUGCAGGGCAGCUACAACUGGGACUACAUUUUGGACUGGGAGCCACAAUUCCAAACUCUUGCCUCCGUCUUCACCGAUAUCGGGAUGCUCCCUGACGAGGAGCUUCAAGGCGGCCAUGAGGACUUAGCAGCAGAGGCAAGCUGUCUCAUGUACCCACCGCCUCUUAUAACGGGAGUGGCUCAGCCUGGCAUUAGAACUGUACCUCCACGAAAGCCGGGGCGUAUGCCAAGCCUGUGCAGGAAGCCUUCUUACCCCAAAUAUGCAUAUUCCCCCUUAGCAAGGAACACAGGACUUACCCCUUCAGCCAUGACACCCACUUUCUCCCCAUCGCUGUCUUCUCUCACCAUUAGGACCCCCAGUGCCUCACCAGUUGUCUCUGAGACCGGGGUGGGGGGUAUCAGACUUGACUCAGGGCCCCUCACUGCAAGUCUACUGGAGGCAGAAAUCCAGGUGUAGACAUGAACUUUGACCAAGUUUAUCUGUGACAUUCAGUUCCAUCUUCCAUUCACCAUAUGAAGGUAUUUCCCUUAUUAUUUCUAAGGGACUUUAAGUCAGUUUAGUUUUGAUUUUGGUUUAUUGACAACAUUCUAAUAUAUUCAUUAAAUACAACAUAUCAAACUUUUUCACAGAGAGUACAAAAAAGUCCUGGACUUAUUUCCAUUGUUGUCCCCAUUUUAAUGGCUUCAGACUCAUGGGUGUCAUGAGUUUAGUCUCAAAGGGGGGAUACCAGGCAAAUUUGUCAUUUGAACAUAAUAUAGUCAUUUAAUUACUUAGAUUGAGGUUGAUUUCAUAACUCGCUUCUGUAAUAAAGCUAAUAUCGGGAAAAGCCUGAACUCAGUCUUGCAUUACAUUCUUAUAAUGCAGCACUUUGAAUAAGAGCAGAUGUUCGAGUCAGCAAUUAAUUAUUGAAUCUUUUAUUGUAAACAUGUUUAUAUGUGCAGAAAAUGAAACACGUUCUUAUUGAAGUUGGUUACAGCUUCUAAAUGGAAACUUUUUAAGGUUGGUUUAACUUUAAUAACCGAAGAAAGGCAACAUUGUUCUGUGGUUAAGUCUGUCUUCCUGGAAUCAUAAAAAAACGUGUUUUGAAUACAGACCCAUUUUUGCCUCCCUCUUCUUUAAUAUACCAAUACCUGCCAAUAAAAUGCCAAUAAAAUCCCAUGACGAAAAGAACUUAUUUUAUUCCUUCAAUCCAGGACAGUUCUUAAUUUCAAUAUUAUAUUGUUCAGUCUUUAAAAGCUAGAUAAGCGUCAAGGCUUAAGCAGACAUCAUCCAAAAGUAAAAAAAAAAUGAGGGAUUCUUCACUGACACUCAUUUUGUAUGGAUUCAAGAAAUGGGAUUAUAUUGUCCUGCUGUCACUGGUCAGCAUGACUGCAGAUUUUCACAAACCAGUUCCAGGUCCUGGCUGUUUUACUUUUUCUCAUGAACAGAAAUGGGCUGUUCCCUUCAUGAUUGUUUUUGUGUGUGCUGACUGUAGACUAUGGAAACCCUAGUAAUAAACAGCACUUUAUGUACAAUUUCCAGAGAAUUGUAUGAGUUUAAAUAUUUAUAAAUUUGCAAACACAUUUGCAAUAAAAAAAACUUUCUUCUGUAUUUUCUUGGGUUCAGCAUGUAAAAGUGUGAUGUUAUGGUACUGAUUGUCUUUCAGGAUGAUUUUUUUAGCUUCUGCAUGUACAGUAUGUGUAUAAUGUUAUAUUCAAAGACAGGAUUUCAUCCUGAAUUGCAGUGCCUCUCUUUAAAACAUAUGGUAGAAUCUUAUUUUGGUUUCAAUGGGCAUUUUUUUUCCUGAAUCAAUUUUUGACAUGACCACCCCCAGUAUUUUUCCGUGUUUUUUCUCAAGAAGUAUCCAAAGUGAAACGGUCAAAGGGUUUCAGU